AUGCAGGACAUCCUGACAGUUUCCACAUAGAGAACGCCUUAGAAACUAUGAAGCAGAUGAUUAAUAUUCUAAAUGAUUCCAUUCAAAGCUCUUGCAAGCUUGCCAACAACUCACAGUUUCGACGAAGCUUCAAGAGAAAGUCCUUGAAGAAGAAGGGAAAAGAACUUCAGAAGAACAGGCAGAAUUCUCAGGACAAUGAUAGAGGAUCUGUGGGAGCAAACAGCGUCUCGGCCCUGUCCGUAGAUUCCGCUGGACCAGGCAAUACUUACUCGCAGGAUGGAUCGCCUGAGCGUAUUACGUCUCAAGCUGUUAUUUUAGAAGAGAAAGAAUCCCCCACCUUGUCUCGGCCUGCCAGUAUAGGAGACAAAGAAACAUACUAUGAACGAGACACCCACGAGGAGUUCGCCGCCAUUGAAGAGGAAGACAGUGACGAUGUAAAAGAUAACAAGAAUUCAGGACAAAGCAUGUUUCGAGUGGCUGCUGGUAAUUUGAUACGGAACUGGCAACGGAGGUCCAAAAAAUGGCGGCGGUCCACAGAGGAACCGCUCAAACAAGAAAGUCAGGGUGAAAUGGACCCCCUUUCAAAAGAAAAUGACAAAAGCCAGGACUGCAUGGAGGAAAGUAGGACUGUGCCAAGCCAGGAGAAUGCAGAAGAUGAAAAUGGAAAUGUCAAGAAGGAUGUUACACCACCAUGUAGUCCAUCCAGGAAAUGUUUAAGGAAAAAUGCUGUCACAUCUCCAAGACCUCGGCCAGUUUCUUUAGGGCACCUCUCUACUUUGCAAUUAAAAGAACACGAAAAUAAGAUAAAAGACAAAGUGUUGUCAGACCCUAGUUUGACAAAAGAAAAGGAUAACUCACUUGAGCAUUCUUCCGAAAUUUGGAUACCAAGGCAGCAAUUUCUCCUAUCAAGGAGAAGACCAUCUGAAAAUGCUCGACAUUCGGUUUGUUCAAGGACCUCUAGUGUAGUUUCCGGAGGGUCUUCACCCUUAUCUGGAAGCAAGAAGAGUUUGUCACGUAUUUCUCAAGAGAGUCUGGCAGAUUCUGGAGUUUCUGAAACGCCUGGUAGUUCACCUUCCAACACCCUCAAUAGAAGGACUCGUAAAACUUUAUCGGACAAAAGAAACAAACUUAGUCACUCGCUAACAAAUGUGUCUGGCACAAGUGAACCCAAACGAAAGCUUUCUCAGUUGAACAGGAGAAGCUGGGGCGAUUGGGUGUCCGCGGAAAUGGAAAACACACCUAACGAAGGUUCUGUUGAAAUAGACAAUCAUGUUGACGAUGUCAGCGUAAAACAGAAGCGCAAGUUUAAGGACGUGAUGAAACAGUUCUUUUCUCCCAAGAAAAAGAGUGGUCAGGCAAGUUCAUCAUGCCCCGGCGAAACAACCGCAAACGCGCAUUGUUCUACUAAGAAAUCUCCAAAGCCCAUAAAGACAGAAAUUGGUGAAAAGAUUUCCACAGUUUAAUGGCAAAGGUGAAAAAUCUUCCCUAGAGUUUGUCAUGUCACCAUUCUAGGCAAUGGAUAUGCUGUGUUGCCUGCUUGAUCCAAGAGUGUCUUCAAGAGAGUCUCCCGUUCAGUCAGUUAAGCAGUGGAGGUAUUCACAUCUCAGUGGAUUUGAGAUCGGGAAGUCACCGUCGUGAGAUACUCGAUCUAGAGCACGGUCAAUAGCCUCGUGUUUCUACCAACACUUUGUUAACGCAAGAGACUCUUGGGUAACGAGUAUAACCUGUAACUGCCACGGUAUACCAUCCCGACAGUCUUAAACUAGUAGUUCAUGUUACGGAUAAGAGUUGAGCGCCGAAACUACUGACUAACCAUCUGGUUGUUAGAAUCCCAAGAAAUGACACUCUUAAUCCUCGAACAACUUAACCUUUCUCUAUGACGAUGAGUCUACGACUCAAUCAUUUUGAAGCCUGACGCCUAUAAGGCUAUGUCACGUUACACCUUAGCUGAUUCUUAGGAAAAGUAUGGAUAAUUUUAUGGUGUUUGAGGAUCUAGAUAUUUAAAACAGCUGACAGAAAUCAGCAGAGUUUAGCAAAUGCGAUCCUCUUCAAUAUCGUUCCGUUUUUAAUCCUACCCUUUAACGGCUUCGUUUUUAGCCAUUCGAAUUGCGACCUCAAUUGUACACACUCAGAAGUGCUUAACAUUUCGUUAACUACCCCCCUUUAUUUCUCUGAAAUGCACGCCCAAUAAACACUGAUGCACAUAA